AACAAAUAUGGCGUACGUCUGAAACGGGCACCUGUUUGGAAGUGGCUGUCAUCACACAGCGUUAAUUGCCAUAAAGAGCCACCACGGAUUCAUCUAAGACAAUUGGGUAUGGCUUAGAUUCAGAGCUGUGAGUGUUGCCAUGGAAAUAGAGGAUUUUACAUUAGAACAAUUGUUGGAUUAUAAUUUGAAAGUGACUGGCUUAAUUUGAUUGGAUGAUAAGACAACAGAAGGCGGGGCUCGAGAGGAGCAUGAUGCAGGGCAUGAAGCCUAGCUCCUCCGUCAGUUCCCUGGCAUCAGCAGAAAAGCAAGAUGUGACGUUGAGUUCCCUGACGCAUUACACUCGGCGACCUAGUGCGCAGGGUGUGGGUCCCCUCCCACAAACAGGGCGACGCCAUGAAGAUCGUCUUGAGGAGAGGCAACAGGAAAUGGGAGAAGCAGACGACCGUCUCAAGGGAGCCGUGAUGCCGAAAAAGAAACGGAAAAAGAAAAGCCUUAUCACUGUCAACCUUAGUGGCACACGAUACGACAUCAUUCGUCAGAUGUCUGAGAAGCUUGGAUAUGUUGUUGCCAAGGAAGAUGACCCAAACAGCUAUCUGUUCUGGAAUGAUUGUUUUGUUGCCACGGAUCGAAUCUCGGAGAUGAAAUCUUUCCAGAGGAUAAACCAUUUCCCAGGCAUGGGGGAGAUAACACGCAAAGACUGUCUGGCUCGCAACAUGGCCAAAGUCCAGAAACAGCUCCCAGAUGACUUUUCCUUUUCCCCAAAAACCUGGAUCCUCCCUGCCGAUCACAGUCUCCUACUUAACUACGCCAAGGACCUACGUGCAAAGAAAAAAACCAAAACAUUCAUUAUUAAACCUUCCAAUGGAGCUCAGGGCCACGGAAUUCAACUGUUUAGAAAUGCAGAAAAAAUUCCCCAAGCGGAACAUUUUAUAGUACAGGAGUACAUAGACAAACCUCUACUGAUGGACGGCUACAAGUUUGACCUCCGUAUCUACGUACUUGUGACCUCGUGUGAUCCUCUCCGGGUGUUUUUAUUUGACGACGGCCUUGUCAGACUCAGUACUGAGAAAUAUCUGGCACCAACUGAAGCCAACAUUAACCAUUCAUUCAUGCAUUUAACAAAUUAUUCUGUGAACAAGCAUAAUGAGUUUUACGAGAAAGGAGACUCACUUAGCUCAGGAAGUAAACGUUCAGUUCAGUUCUUCCGUGAAUAUUUGAGACAAAAUGACAUCAAUGAUGGAGUUCUGUGGCAAAACAUUGGUGACAUGAUCGUGAAGACGUUGAUCGUGUCGGAGCCACACCUGUUGCAUGCGUACCGGAUGUGUCGACCCGGAGCUGCCCCUGGAAGUGAUAGUGUGUGUUUUGAGGUGCUAGGAUUUGACGUGCUGAUUGACAGAAAGCUCCGCCCUUGGCUACUUGAAAUCAAUCGUUCACCGAGCUUUGGGACGGAUGAGAAAGUGGACUACGAUAUCAAGUCAGCGUUGAUUGAAGACACAAUUAGAUUGCUCAAUAUCAAAAUAAGUGACAAGAGCAGAAAUAUGGCCGCUCAGAAAGCAGAGGCCAGAAAGAGGCUGUUUCGACAAAAUAAACGAGCAGAAGGUCCAGACAUGACAGAAUACGAAAAGAAGCGACAAAGCAUAGAGAAACGGAAAGAGGACUUGAAAGAGACACUGGCGAGAAUAAGGAAGGUAUCAGCUAGGGAGGAUUACGAGAAUAGGAAUCGUGGUAGAUUCCGGCGAAUCUUCCCGCCCGAUGACAGAGGAAGGCAGGAACACUACGUCCAGUUGCUUUCUUCAACAUUUGGCAUUUUCAUGUCCGGUAAAGCCCCCGCCAUGCAGAAAGAAAUCCAGAGAGUUUAUAACAAUAAGCUAAAGGAGGUUGAUAUUAUGGACAUGCUAGCAGAAUGUGAAGCAGAUGAAAAAGAAGGGAAAUAUUAUACAGGUGGCCCCAACAGCAAACCUAGAGGACCCAAGACUCCUUAUAACACAACAGGAAAGUUUCAUUAUAAUCACGGCAAGCCACUACUGAGCAUGCCUGUCAGUGUCCCUUCACCCCUCGAGAAUGAUGAUGAUGAGGAUGAGGAGAUGGAAGACGAAGAGACAGAGAGUAUGUCCGCAUCAGGUUCACCCUCGAUGGGGCGUCAGGGCUACCAUCCCGGUAGACGUCCGGGCUCCUCCGGCCGACCUGACAGCAGAAUGAGCAAUGACGGCACGUCCAGUACUUUCAAUUCUAGGCCAAACUCGGGCGUUGGUGGCCUCAGGUCAAGGCCAACUAGCAAUAUGUCAGCUGCUAACCAAAGGUCAAGGUCAUUGUCUCGUACAGGCAAUGGGAAACAUACCCCACUACAGAGGUCUGCAGUGCAGGAUGAUAACUUCCUGUUGAGCGUGGUGAAGGAACGCGAGGAUGAGCUGACAAGGAAGACACUGGUUGCUCUCAAUGAGAUGAGGAUCAAGUUCCCUGGCAAGUCGGACCAGGAGGCAGAGUACAUCCUUGACAAGUUACAUGAGAAUUGGAAGUUCCACAAACCCAGGAUUGCGUCGUACUGGCUCGUGAAGCUCGACUCCAUCAAACGCAGGAAGGUGAUAGAUAUCGUGCGGUCUAAUGUGCGGGCCGUACUCCUGCGUACCUGGCGUGUCAGUGAUGUGGACAGUCUUAAGGUGUACCGCAUUUUCAACAGGGUGUUCAACCGUUUACUGUGGAGUCACGGCCAAGGCCUCUGGAACUGCUUCUCCUCAUCCAGCAAUUCCACCAGCUGGGAGACCAUCUUCAGUAAGAGUUCGGAGAACAUCUGUGAGGUGGAACUAAACUGCUGUCGCCGUAUCGUCCAGCUCUGUCGGGACUGCCUUCUUAUUGUAUAUCAGUUUGCUGCCGAGGCCAAAUCUUCUCAAAGCAGCACUCCUCAUCAUGGUAGUGUGGACGACCGUUCUUCCACUGGGCAAUCCAUUUCUACCAGAGACAAAUCACUGUCCCUCAUUCCUCCUAACACGCAAACCAUGAGUCAGAAGUACUCGAAACUUUACCCAACGACCCGAACCCAGACCAUGGGGUCAUGACAGUCAGGUCGAAGGUCAAGUAGCGUCAUCAGAUUUGAAGUACAUCAGAGAUGAAUGCAUUCAGUCGCACAGGGUGAUGAUAUAGAACAUAUUUACCUUCAGGUGUCUAAGCCCUUGGUCUAAGUCUCCAACAUUUUACAUAAUCUGUAGUGUCACAGUAUUGAGUGACGCACAAGAUAAAACGGAGACUGUAGUAUAGAUCAGUCCAUGGUUAAAUUCAACCUAGUAGAUUCUAUAUUACUGGUAUAGGUCUGCAUUGAUUUUUCAUUUGGAAUGCUAGUCUACAUGGACCAUCAAUGUAUUUUUUUUCCCCGAAGAAUGCACAUCUUCUGCUGUGUUUGAUUGUAAUCCUAGUUGGUGACACAAGGUGACAUGCUCAAAAAAGGUCAAACGAAAUUUCAGAAUUUUCAAAUAUAAGGAAAUGCAGGCAUAAUAUAACUGCAGACAGUUUUCUUGCUAGAUGCACUGAUAGUGUGGUAAACAGUCCUGAGGAUAAACAACCAAACAACGGUUGUUAUGGACCUUGUACCACCAUAUUGUAUACCUUUCAGUCAUGCAAAUGGAAUCUGUGAUCCGAAACAUAACCCUAGCUUUCACUUCAAUUCCGUCAAGCUGUAACUAAAAGAUCUUACUCAUUCACCCCUACAUAUUUAAACUGGACUUGCCCAGUCUUUGGUUUGGUAAGGUUCAAAUGUGACUUUAGGAGUGAAUGGGUUAAAUUACAUUGUUAUCGACCUUGUAGUCAUCACUGUCACUCCUUGACCUUAACAGAGGUCAUGUCAUGUUAAAGGUGGUCAGUUCAGUUGUUAAGCUAUCAAUGAAAGGUGAAUGGUCUCUGGCCAGUGGUCAAGUUUCAAAUCAGGACCCCUUUCAGUUUUAAACAAAGAUUUUGGAUGAAAGUCAGAGUCCAACUAAAGAUACCUAGCAGUGGUCAAAUUGCAUAUAUAUAAACGUUAGUUUGUGACCAAAAUCUGAAGAAUUUCAAUUAACAUGGAGGUAAAGCAAAGGGAAGGCUGUGAUACACUUUUAAUGAAAACAUUACACAAAUCAUAUUAUUGCAUGAAAAAGAGGAUUUUUUUUGAAUUUGAAGUUAAUGUUUUGAGUUUUUGUAAUGCAAACCAUUGUUUUAAUAAGGUUUGAAACUCAUUUGAUCCAAUACAAUUGUUUAUGUAUGACUUCGACAUAGAGAAGUGUAGCUGUAGUUGAUCCUGUAAUAUUUUACAGAUAGCAAUAGAUUAUAUUAAUUAAUUAACUAGAUGAUAUUUAUUAACUAAAGCGUUGUUUUACAUGUAACCCAUUUACACAGUUUUUUAUAAAACUAAAUGAAAUUUCCCAGUAAGACUGUAAAAAGUGUGUCUCAUUUUCCCCGACAUCCAACAAAACUUCUCAAACGAAUUAAAGUGCUACCUUGAUUUUAUAGAAAAGUAUAUCUAUUUAGUGAUUGUAAUUAUACUAUCAGGAACAUGUUUAAGUACCUGUAUAAGGUAUCAUGACCACCAUAUUCCGUAGACUAGUGUCACCGUAUAUUAUGUAGUAUAAUACGUGAAGAAAUUCUGAUGAAAUAUUGGUAAGUCAUGUUUGUACUACUGAGUUCAGGUAAACAGAGCAUACUAGAAAAAUUAUGAAAACACCGCCAAUAAAGCCUCCCUUAUUUAUACCUAAAUUCCCUUAAAAUGAUUGUAAAACUCACAGAUUGGUCUCCAGGAGGUCUGGCAUUUAUGUAUGAAGCUAACCAUUCCUGCAAAUCUCUAAGCUAAUUUAACACAGGUUUAUAAUAUGGCUAUAUACGAUUUGAAACGUUUCUCUUUGCUAUACGAUUUGAAACGUAUCUCUUUGCUUUGAAUAUCGUUAGUUGUGAAUAAGUGUCAACGCUGUUAAAGAUAUAUCCUGGGGACCCUUGCUUAUAUGUGUAAUCAUAAAUCUAGUGAUAAUUCCAUCAGCACACAUAUUAAUGACGAUUUUAGAUUAAUUACAAAUGGAAAUAAUUUGUUAUAUUAUAGAAAUCCUCAUUAAAUUCGGUUGGUCGUAUGAUACCAGCAUGUCAUCUGUGAUAGAGCAAUUGUAAGUCUGUGUGGCCCCACACUCUUACCUCUUCUUCCCAUCACCUGCUUGCCGUUAAUUAUAACAUGUAAUUAAAAACACAUGACAGCCUUGUUGGUCAAAACUUUAUAUUAAAUUAGGUAUGUAGAAUUACAUACGUCUUUUCAUAUAAAUAAAGCUCAAACACUUUUCUCAAAUGGAAAUACAAGACAAUGUUGUUUUUUUUUUUUUUUUUUUUUUUAAUGGGNGGAGCCUGUCUUUAGCUUAUCCAAAGUCUGCUUACUUCAAAUGAAACAGAAAUAAACCACAUGGAAGAUUAAUCUGAGGUUUAAGGAACCUGUUUAUUUAAGCAUUUUAAGCUCCGAAAAUGUAUAUUUUGUUAUUCACAUCUUAGGGACAGAUUAACAAGGCUUGUCCACAUUUAUUUUUGUAAUGAGUGACAAAGGAGUGAAGAUGUUUUCCCAUUAACUUUCAUUGAAGCAAUAAACACUAUGGUAAAUCACAUCUCUAUUUGUCCUUCCCUGUCCAUAUAGAUUCUCUGAUAUAUUUUAAUCAUAUAAUAUGAAUGUAACUUGGAGAGUAAAAAAAAUGGCAUCUUGUGGAUCCAGGAUACGGACAAUGCUGUAUCUAAUGGAAGUCAUUGCCGUUAUAUAUUUUUAUUUCAAGUAAAUUGAAAUUUAGAUUUGACAAAAUAAUGUAUUAUAUAUUUAUUGAUUUAAUUAUUUACAUAUUCAUAACAUACAUUCUCUUUCAUGUAAGGUUUGUUCUGUUAGUUAAUUUGUAGUUUAUUUAUUUUGACCAUUAUGAACAAAUGCUGUUUAUUCUGUCUCAAACUUUACACUUUUAUAUUUAUUUAGUCCGUCCAUAUUUUAACCUUUUCCAGAACAUUUUUUUAAUUGUCCGAUAGAGUUUCUAAUUAAAGCAAAAAUAUCCUAAUCAGAUAAUUAAAUUAAUUCUAUAUGUCAGGUAUGAACAUCAUCUUCUCUCUUAUCUUUAUCAGGUAUUUUAUUCAGUCAUCUAUAUAGUGCUAUGUUGAGACACCAAUCUUGAUUGUAUAGUUACUUAUUCUGUCUGUGAUAAAAUUUAGCUAGUCAAGAUGAUUGUGUAGUCCCGGUCAGUGACCUGUUUGUGAAAUAGCCAUUUUUUCACUCCUUUCAUUUGUGAUAUUAUGUAAUAUUUCUCUGCUGAAGUAAAGAUAUUUUGAGAUGCCACUAGAUCGAAGGUAUGUUCUGAGUGAGUUAUGAAAUCGACAGAUUUAUGGGCAAUGUUGAAACUUUUCUAGUGAUAUUUCUUGUUUGUUGAGAUUAGGAUGAGAUUGUGAACUUCAUUGAAUUGGAUUUACUUAUAUUCUUACAGUUAGAGACCGAUUUUCAGAAAGAUUUUUUUUUAUAAUUUUCACAGUAGAAUCAAGUUAACAAAUUUUAGGUUUCAUGAUUCCUGACUACAAACUCUUUUCCUGGAGUUAAAAAACAACUUUCACCUAAUAGAAUACAUGUACAAAAAUGUAUUAGUAUAAACAUGUAAUCUUCACAUAAGAAUUUAGUUGAAAUCAUGACUACAUGCCUGGUUAAUCUAAACACAGUGCUGACCACCCAUAUACCACUGAAAACUGUUUGUUAACACAGUAAAGUAGGUUGUAUCUAUAUAUAGAUAGAAAGACGAGGUUAUACCAAUUGUGAUACACGUAAAAUCCUCAUAGGAGGAUUAGGUUAUCUUUUACUAGUCAAUACGACUUCUCUGUUCCAAUUCUUUAUCAUGUAGUACACCAUUCCUGCAUUAAUGUCCUGAUAAUGUGUGUCCUAGAUUAUUGAUUUGUAUCUCUUUGUGUGUGGAGCUCUUCUCUGUCCUAAAAACUAUCAGUUAUUUACCAAUUUAAUUGAUCGUUUAAAAAAAAAAAUGACUUCACCAACCCUUGUGUCCAGAACUUGUGACAUUUAUGUCACGAGUUUAAAUGAAGCCAGAAAGCCACCAAAAAA